CCGCCCCCAGGCUGAGUGAGCUCACCUGUGUGACUCGGGCACCUCUCUCCUCCCUUUAGGGGUGGGAGAAGUCGCCACCCACAUGGGGGCGGACUUGGGAAACUGGCUGGGUUCGCGGCGAGAUACCGGGUCGACGCCGAGGCAGAGACAGCUGGAUGUUGGACUGCACCCAGACAGCAGCCUGUGUUGCGGGAUCAGCCGGGCGGGAAGAGGAGCAGGUGGAACAGGAGUGGAGGAACAGGGAGUCUGAAACCUUUUCCACACUUGGGUAUUAACCCGCAAUUUGUCUCACCGACAGGAAGUAGCUGGCUGUAAACUGUGACAUCACAGACUGUCUUCGUUUGGAGGCUCAGUGGGUCGCCAUGUCACAAGGAAGUUCCUGAUGGCCACCUGCUGACCAGGAACUGAGCGCAUCAGGAAGGGACAGGGGUGUUGGUCAAGGUCGGAGUGAAGCUGACAUUGUUGCAGUGAGGCGUCGGGACUCACUGGACCACGGGAACCACAAAGCUGAUGAUGAUGUCGGCCUGCCUGUGACAUCACAGCGGUCGGUGUCAUGUCAUCAUUGUCACGGAGUAGUGACUCUUCCAGGAGAGACAGGAUGGCCUCAUCAAACCUGGAGGAUUCCUUCUUCCCUUUCUCACCAUCAUCCCAGAACACAGGAUCUGUGAUCCACCCAGCAUCCGUGCACGGAUAUGGACCCAUCCCCGAGCCUGAGGUGGAGCGGUCGGGUCCACUCUGCGAGGACAGUAACCCCCUGCUCCUGGAGAGGGACCUGAUCCUCGCAGCAGAGCUGGGUCAGGCUCUGCUAGAAAGGAACGAGGAUCUGGCAGCUCAGCUGGAACAAAAGGAGAAGGAGGUUGAGGCGCUACAGCAGGAAAGGUUUGAGCUGCAACAGCGACUAGACGUCCUGGGGCUGGAGGGGAGCCAGCGGGAGGCUGAGCAGCUGGCGGACAUCGCCGCCCUCCGCGAGAAGCUGGACCGGCAGCUCAGACAGGCCAAGGACCGUCGACAGGAGGAGAGCGAGCAGCUCAAGCAGCUAUCCAGUCACAACCAGCGGCUAGUGGAGCAGCUGGCAGAGGCGGUGUCGGUGGAGCACAGCCUGCGUUCGGAGCUGCGGUCGCUGCGGGAGGAGAUGGAGGACGGGAGCCUGAGCCGUUCCAUCAGCUCUGCCAGGCUGGACAGCCUGCAGGCCGAGAACAGGGUCCUUCAGGAGCGUAAAGUCAAUGCGGAGGAGCGGCUGAGGUCCAUGCAGGAGGACAACAGCAGGUUGCGGGCGGAGCGGGACGGGCUGAGGGGGAGGGUGACGGAGCUGCAGGCCACGCUAAGCGAGAAGGACGGGGAGCUCGACCAGGAGUGCAGUUCGUCCUUCCAGCUGCGUACGCAGUACCACACGCUGCAGCAGAAGAUACAGGACCUUGGGGGUGAGGUCAUCCCUGGGGGAGGUGCCAUUUUCCCCCUAUCCCUGCAGUGUGAGAUUCAGCAGUCCCAGGCUAAAGAGGCUAUUCAAGUUCAUUCCGAAAUCCUGCAGGAGAAAGACACCGAAAUCCAGAAGCUGAAAUCCGAGCUGCUGUCCAAAGAUAAAGAACUGGAAUCUCUUAAAGAGGAGCUGCAGCCUUUCAGGCAAACUCCCGGCAAGCCGGGUUACAGCACUCUGGAGUGGGAGCUGGCCGCGAUGCAGCGAGAGCGCGACUCACUGAACCAGCAGCUGCUCAACACUAUCAAGCACAAGGUGAUGCUCUCGCAAGAAGUGGAGGCCUGGCAGGAGGACAUGAGGCUGGUGAUCCGGCACCAGGUAGAGCAGCGGGAGGAGAAGCAGAAGGAAAAGAGAGGCCUCAGCAGAGACACUCGCACCAGCAAGUCCCUCCGCCUGCGAGGGGAAGGGGGAAAGAAAGACAAAGGAGGCUUCUUCUCCUCAUUCUUCAGUGCUGACUGAGGGCGCCACCUGGUGGCAAGGAAGACAAAGUCUUGCACUGUCAUUCAAAUCACUCUCCUUCCCGGACAAUUACCACCUGAGUAAUUUAGGUGGCCUGUUUCUGUACUAAAGCAUGUAAACUUUUUUUUAAUGCAUUACAUGGUAAUGCAUCCAUUUUUUAAAAUUAAAUAAUUAUUAUUAAUUCAUUCAUCCAUUCUGUUCCACUGUACCUGGCCAAUGAAGUGAAUUGUUUCCAAACAGAUGGCAACUCUCACCUAAAUAUAAUACGAAUAUAAAUAUUUUU